AUGCUUCCGCUCGACAUCACUUUGGUCUAUUUUUCCGGUCGCCCCGAUCCUCAUUGGCAAGUACAAGCAAACCAUCCAAAAUACCAGAAAAUCCGAGAGAUGUUCAACAGUGCAGUGAAUCAAGAAUUAGCAGCUUUGCCGGAACAAAUGCCGUCACAGCUUGGAUAUAGAGGCUUUCUUGUGCGUGACAGCAACGAUCAACUUCCAAAGUUGAUUCUUGGUACAACGACGAAAGAACUGCAGCUGCUAUUACUCGGUACCAUCCCUUCAGAUGCCAUACCACAAGCCCUUGUGGGCAUCAUUGCGAAAACAAUCGAAGAUGGGGGCGUUUCGCCGAUUGGAGCAGAGUCCGAAACACCUGGAACGAAACGUGCUCCUAAAUAUAAUGUGCUAACACAAUGGAAGUGGAAUAAUUGGUUUGUUGUAACUAAGAAUAACUGUUACAACUAUGCCACUAACAAGAGGACCUCCACCAAUGCUCAACCAGGAAGAAAACAUGGAGUAAACGUGAAAAACAAUUUUAGCGAAGACUUUGGCAAAGAAGUAAUGAAAGCGGCUGUAAAGGAUGGUUUGACAGUUGUAGGAAAUUUUGAAACCCGUUUAAACAUAGAUGUUCCCACAAGAAAAAGUUUGGAAUUGCUGCCCUCUCAGCACCUCGUCGCCCUAUUUGCGUCAAAUUCAGGUAAGUAG